UGUCUCCGACGAGCGUAAAACUACACGAGUAUAUAGUUAACCAGUGUUUCAAAGUUUUCCGCAAAAGGCUAUUGAUCAUGGGAGCGGGUCCGUAGUGCGCCUGGGCCCCCUUACAGUUGACGGAGACUGCUGCCUUCUACACCCACCACGCCCACCCCGCCCACUGCCCCCGCCCACACGCCCACACACCCGCCCACACCAGGAAUUGAUAGCAAAAAAAGUAAAUAGCCAGCAGAAUUUACAAAUUUUACCUGUAGUGAGAUUAUCUUUAACCAUGAUUUGCUCGUAAAUUAUUGAGGUGAUGACGGCCAUCAGAGUUACUGUAACAGUAGGGGAGAAAGUGAUGUCAGAAUGCCAUUUGGGUGCUUGUUUAAGAAGGAAAAUCCUUCCACCAUGAGUGACAAAGAUAGGCGGGCCAAGUUGGGCCUGAAGGUGGUGAUGGCCCAACAAAAUCCUGAGCCUGUGUAUGACCUCAGCGACUGUGCCAUGCUUGAACUUCCACCAGACACUUUUGUAAUGUGUAGAUUGUUGCAAAAAACAGUCCUCCUGUUACAAGAUAAUUCAUUAACAUCAUUUGAAAAAGGAGGCAAACUUCAUGAAUUAGAAGGAUUAGAAGUCUUAGAUCUAACUAAUAAUAAAUUUGCUCAUCUCCCCGAUUCUGUCAAUAAGCUUAAGAACCUCAGAAUAUUAAAGCUCGGUAACAAUAAACUUAAAACUUUGCCCGUGUCAAUAAGUGAACUAACCAAGUUAAAAGAGCUCUAUUUAUCCUCAAAUAAAUUGUCCAAAGUGCCUGUAUGCAUCUGUGCCUUGCCCACAUUGCAAGUGUUAUCCCUUAUUGGGAAUAACAUCUCUGUAUUGCCAAAGGAGUUUUGUAAGUUACAAAAAAGUCUUCAUAAACUAGAGAUUGACACAGACAAGCUACAGUCUCCACCAGCUGCAGUGGUGGCAGAAGGUACAGAAGCAAUUAUGCGUUAUCUUUGUGAGGAACAUGGAAUUGCAUAUGAAGGAAUUUGUGAGGCAAAAGAUGAUCUUACCGAGUGUGCCUCUCCACACGCCUAUUCAAGAAUGGAGUCAUCUGCAGGUGAUCAGGCAUUACGUAACUACAUGUGUAGAAAAGAUGAAAAAGUUAAAGCCCAGUUGGCUGCAGAGGAAGAAUUUCAAGCAAAAGAGCAGCAGCAGCUUGCUCAUAUGUUACAGGAUAUGAGUAAUAAUAAACAACAUCUUUUAGCGGGAAUCUUCGAAACUCCUGUAGAAGCUAUGGAAUAUGAGAGAAAGAAACUUAAAGCAAUGCAGGAACAGUACAAUAUAGAAGAAAACGUUCGAGCUGAACAAGCAGAACAGCUGGAAAAAUAUCUAGCAUCAUCAAAUAACAAAGAAUCUUUGAUCUAUGACAUAACUACCCAACAAGCUAAUAUGGACCUAGAGAUGGAAGGCUUGGUGACAGCUAAGGAAAAGGACCGACAAAGUUUAUUAAAAGAUUUGGCAACCACAGAGCAAGAGACUGCUGCAGCUGUUCAGGAACUUGUUAAUUCUACAGCUUCUAGAAGAAGUGAUGAGUUCCUAUGCUUGCUUCAAGAUCAAGAGACAGAAAUGCAAUCUUUACUCUCGGGUAUUGUGGAAGCAGCCUCUGAAUUACGGCAUUCAGAAGUAGUUGCAGCCAUGAAGGCUGUGCUGGUAGAAGAGGCAGCUGCAGAACAAAGGCGACUGGCAGUGCAAGAGGAGCAAGGGGCUCGAGUUUGUGCUCUACUAGAGGAGGCCGAUCUGGUUGACUCUCAUCUCAAAGGCGUACUGACAUCCCGCUUAGCUGAUCAAGAGGAAUGGGCUUCAACUUUACUUAAGGAUGAAGAGUGUCAAGCCGCUGCUUUUAGACUACUGCUACUCAAAUCAGACCUUCAGCGAAAUAAUAUUCUCAGACAGAUUGGCCAGAUUGAAUACGAGUUAUAUCGCCUCUCUUCAAUGGAAGUGCGGAAAAGGAAGCAUGGCAUUAAGUAUGGGUCAAGUACAAUGUUAGAACAACGUGCUACCUUAGUUGAUUUAUUAAAAUCGCUCUUGAUGGAGAAGAGUGAGCGUGAAGCUCAGUUGAUGGCAUGGAUUGCUCAGCUUGAAGAAUCUCGAACUUCAGAUGUGGCAGAAGAAGAAUUUUGGCUAGUCCAAUAUCAGCGAUUGCUGUCUAUGAAACCUGCUGGAUUGGCUGAAGCUGAAGCCCAACUAGAACCUAAAGUACGGGAAAUUCUUUCUGCUGCUAAUGCUAUGGAUUUGUCACCAGUGUUUGCACAAUAUUCAGUUACUUUCUCAGCUCUGAUGGAUAUGACAGAGGAGGAUGCAUCAGGAAUGGGUAUUGGACCAGCAACCUAUCGCAGUUUACAGCGUGCUUUGCAAAAUCAUUUAGCUGCCUCAAAGUUAGAAAACCAAACACCUUCUGCUCCAGUAGAGGAAGACUUGCCUUUUGCUCCCUCAGCCCCCGAGAUGGCUGACGAGAAAGAAGCACCAAGUGCCCCAGUUGAGGAAGGUGGAGAGACGGCGGCAACUGCUCCGCCAGUUGAAGGACAGUUUGUUGAAGCAGAGUGUGUGAUAUGCUUAAAUUCAAUAUGUGAGGUUGUAUUUUUACCGUGUGGUCAUGUUUGUGCUUGUGCCAAGUGCUGCACUCCACUUCUAAUAUGUCCUAUGUGCAGGUCUCCUAUAAUCAAUAAGAUUCUACUUACCUAUUAAUUGUGCUCAUAUCUUUAUGAAGUUAAGUCAUUAUUAAAUAUCAUAUAGUUAUUCUUUAAUAAUGUACUGUAUAUAUCAGAUUUUUGGUGUGUGCAACAGGUGAGGAUUGAGUUUUGUUAUAAGACACGGUUUUCUAUGCCAAAUGUUUUAAAGUUGAAGUUAAUGUGUUUAUUGACCUCAGUUGGAUUUAAAAAUCUUUUCCCCAUUGCUUUAACACGAUUGUUAUUCUUUAUGCUGUAUUUCUUGUAAAGUUAUUUCUUUAUACUGUAGUCAAGGUUGUUUACUAGGAACUAAUGAUAGUUGUAAUAGGUUAUAUGAAUUUAGCUUUCAUAAACGAUCUAAAGUCCAGCAGAAUUUUGUAUUCUCGGCUCUGGAAUUACUACUACUGUACAAUAUACUUAACGUAUUUUGAAUGCAACAUUCUAUUCUUGUGAGAGUACGUGAACCAAGUGCAACUCUUGCGUGUUUGGAAAGAUAACAUUUAUUAACUAAUUUGUAUCUUUGUCCGCUUUAUUACUUAACAAAAUAAUAGGUAAAUGUGUUCGCAUGAAUAGCCUAAUGGUAAAAAGUAAGAGGUCUGAUCUUUGAGAGAGCCCCUAUACCAGCCAUGGUUUAAGGAGAUUCACAAGGGCUCUUGAGACUCUCCCAUGCCUAUCUGGAGCCAUGACCAGAAUCUGGUUGUCAGUGAGAGGUUGGGGAUCAAAAAUAGUCAAAAUUGAUGAAAAACCCAUUGGAAUGUAUAAACAACAAAACAACUGCAAAAUAUUGGUAUCCAAAGUGAAUGAAGCAAAUUAUCGUUGUCACGGUGCAAAUUUCCUAACCAUGAUGUGCUUAAUCUCCACCAAAUUGAGUGGCAAGGAAACCUGGAGUUACAGCUAGCCUUUCUCCCUCUCUUACUCGCCUGGUUACAGCAGAAGGGGGGUAUUGAUCCUUUUGAGAAAGCCCAUCCUCUGUUUUAUGCUUAAGCAAACCAAGUUGUGUUGAUUCUCUGUGGAACUGCCAUUCUGCCAAGCACUUUUGCUUUGUCAUUUUCUUUUCUCUUUCAUGAUUGAUUAGUGUUACCUACAGUAUGUGCUCUAGCUUUAAUUUUGCUCAAACUGCAGACAAGAGUCCCCUUCCUUGGUAGUCAGUUUGUGUUUCCCUUGUCCCAGUAGUGAUGUUUGCUGAGGGAUUUGGGUUCAUCGUCUGUUAGUUGACUUCUCUUGAGUUAUAUUCCUUCUGGGUAGCACACUGCUUUUCUCCUCUACAAGGCCUGUUGAUAUUGGAACAUGUAGUAGUUAGCUGUCUGCUAGUGUUCGAUUGUGCCUGCCCUUGUUCUUUUAGGUGUUGAGGAUGGGCACUUUUGCUGUGUUCUUGGGUCAAUUGGGUGAUUCUUCUUGUACUCGCCUAGUUGUGCUUGUGGGGUUUGAGCUCUGGCUCUUUGGUACCGUUUGCCUCUCAACUGUCGAUCAACUGGUGUACAGAUUCCUGAGCCUACUGGGCUCUAUCAUAUCUACAUUUGAAAC